UGAUUAUCUCCCUUUCAGUUAUAUAAAUCACCUCUCUACAGUGUGAUUAACCUGGUAAAAGAGGAGGCACAUUUGAAAGAUAUUGAGAAACUAUCAAAUAGAAAUGUGGAGACAAUUCUAAUAUAGUCAUCACUAAUAUUUCAGAGUUUAGAUUGAAUUAGAUAUAAUGAAAGUCAAUAGCAGGUGCACCUACUGAAGUGGUUUAAUCUUAUAAAGAUGUUAUUAAAAAAAAAACUAUUGAAAAUAACCUUCGAUCAAAAUUUAGAAUUAAUUUUAGGGGCAUAAUAAAAAAUAGUUUCUAAUCCACAAGUGGAUUGAU